AUGUGGCUUAACCCAGUAUCGUCGUGCUUCCCGAACCUAAAACCCUACUCCUCGUACUGCUCUGCAACUCCACCACCACCAACUGCCGUGAAAGCUCUAACGGCGAUGAAGACCACGGAGGAAUCCGACGUCGGAAUAUUCUGUUACAUCUCUCCUCUCCCCUGCUUCCGCGGCAUUCUUAAGCAAAGAUAUUCUGAUUUUAUGGUGAAUGAAGUCGAUACGGAAGGAAAUGUGGUUCACUUGACCAACUUGGAAGCUCCGCCGGAGGUAGUGAAGGAAAACGGAGCGAAGACGGCGCAGGAUGGUGGGAGUAGAGAUUAUAGUGGUGAAAUCAACAAGUUUAGGUCUCUGGCUAGUGGUGAAGAUGUUGCACGGUUGGAAGCUUUGAUGAGUCAGAUUAGUUCGGGGAGUGGAGAUGGUGUCGAGCCUAUUGUGCUCUCCCCGGACUACGAUAAAGCUCAUCGAACGGCAGUGCAUAAUUUUUUCAAGGAGAACUUGAAGUUCCUUGUCACUGACGCAGUGGAUGGACCGGAUGCUUCAUCAAAGUGCAUCCGUGUGAGACUAAACUCAGGAGGGCAGAAUGGCAGAGGCAGAAAUUUGAAAAAGCGAAAAGAAAGGGGCGAUAAGCCUUUUGAUAGCAGAGGUACUGAUGACUGGUCGGAACAUGAUAGCAAGUUCCUAAGGUUUCAUCUUUUCAAGGAGAAUAAGGAUACACAAGAAGCCUUAGGAGUUAUAGGAAAGAUGCUUGGUAUACAGCCAAGGGCAUUUGGGUUUGCAGGUACAAAGGAUAAGCGUGCUGUUACUUGUCAAAGGGUAACUGUCUUUAAGCAGUUUGCUAGUAGGUUAGCUGCUCUUAAUGAUAGGUUGAUCGGUAUCAAAGUUGGAGAUUUUUGUUAUGUGAAAGAAGGACUUUCUCUUGGCCAACUCCUGGGAAAUCACUUUACAAUUACAUUGAGAGGAGUUGUUGCAGAUUCUGAAAAUAUCAUCCAGGCCUCUGCAAAUGCCUUAGGAAAACAGGGAUUUGUUAACUACUUUGGUUUACAAAGAUUUGGAAGUGGUUCAGUUCCAACACACCUUAUUGGAGCUUCACUACUGAGAGGAGAGUGGAAAUCUACUGUAAGCAUGAUGCUUGAACCAAGAGAAGGAGAAAGAGAAGUAAUUACGGAGGCACGGAAAUACUAUAAGGAAACUAAUGAUAUUGACGGGACCUUAAGGAAAUUACCUCGAUAUCUUGUUGCUGAAAGAGCUGUUCUGCAGUGUCUGAAGAAAUGUCCUGGAAACUACUCUCAGGCUUUGAAAGCUAUUCCCAGAACAUUGAGGAUGAUGUAUGUGCAUAGUUACCAGAGCUAUUUGUGGAACCAUGCAGCAAGUAUGAGAGUGCAAAAAUAUGGAACUGACCAAGUUGUGGUGGGAGACUUGGUUUAUUGUAAAGGAAAUGAAACUGAGAAGAUGACGGGAAUUGUUAGUUCUGAGUCUGUGGAUGAAAAUGUUAAUGAUGAAAACUGUGAUGAUACAUUUGAUACGAGUCAUUUAGAUGAUAUAUUGGAAACAAAUGUUCCUGAGACGAGGGGUACUCUUGUGAAGUCUGUGACUGCAGAAGAUAUUGACAGCGGGAUUUACACAACUGAUGAUAUUGUCCUUCCUCUGCCAGGAUCAAGGGUCAUCUUUCCAGAAAAUGAUAUUGCUGCUGUUUUUCAUGAUCUAGCAAAGAAGGAUGGAAUCAACUUGACAGAGAGCGUACAUAAUGUCAAGGAGUUCUCAAUAACGAGUGUGACCGGAAGUUAUAGGCGGGUGUUCCAAAGACCUGUGGACUUUGAAUGGGAUAUACUGAAGUAUAUUGAUGGCAAUGUACCAUUGGUGGAGACAGACUUUGACAAAAUUGCAAAAUCCAAGCCGGUGAAUGUACACAAAGAGGACCCAUCAAGUGUAAAUGGAGAUGGAAGUUUACAUGAUGGUAUAAAACGGUCUGAUUUCUCUGCCAAUUGUCAAGAACUGCAGAAAAGAGAUAAUGAGGGAGAAAAGUUGCCACAAGUUGAAUCUGUCGGUUGCCCUAAUCCUCAGGGAACUCAGAUUGCGCUCAAGUUGAGCUUUACUCUCCCAUCAUCUUGUUAUGCAACAAUGGCCAUCAGAGAGCUACUGAAGACUUCAACAUCGGUUGCUUUUCACAAAACCUUGAACUAGAGAGUGCAUUGCUAGUUGCUACCAUUCUUUCAAAAAGGAGAGCGCAUUACUACGCGUGCAAGGCAUUCAAAGAGAAAUGGGUUGCCGACAGACGGCAAACAAAUUUGCAGAAAGCAAUAUGAUAAGAGUCAAUGGUAGAACUGGAAAUUGUUUUGUUUUGAAGCCUCACUGUCAGUGAUAACUAACCUAUCUGACAUUGUCCUACAUACUGAGAAUGCAAUGAAACCCUGUAUUGACUAUAAAUAUAGUUGGUAUCCCA